AUGGCAGCCGCUGCAGGAGAACCACACCCAGGCGCUUCAGACUUGGCCAGCAAUCGCGAACGCACAACAGCGGACAGCAGCGAAAUAGAGCCGCAGCCGCUAGGACCUUCUCCAGAUUUGCUUGCAUACACUGAUGUGCCCAUCAGAAAGCUUCUGGACAAGGUGAUUGCCUACAUUGAAUGCCAGAUCGCGUUCGCCGACGACGUGAUGAGUCCGCAGGAAAAGCCGUGUGGCAUUGUCGAGCAGCAUAACGACCAAAUUGCUGUUUGUUUAGGCCGUUUCAGGUCGGCUGGCACUUUGUCCGUCUCCAUACGCGACUACAUGGAACGGCUGCACCAGCACUGCGAAUUCUCUUCCUCCAAACUACUUGCGCUUGUAUAUUAUUUAACAACGCUUGAAGGACUCUACGCACGAAUUUCAAAAGUUCUUCGGCAGAACACGGUUCAUCGAUUGGUUCUCGCAGGCUUUGUUAUUGCGUCAAAGGUACUGGAUGACAGAAUCAGUCGGCAGAUACGAUACAGUGUUGUUGGGGGUCUCAGCCUGGCGCAUCUCCAUGGUCUGGAGCUGGCUCUCUUCUUUUUGCUCAAUGGACAAGUCUGGCUUACGGAAGCUCGCCUCAUUGACGCUGGAAAGGUGUUGUACGGCCACCCACCGGAGUGCCCGGUUGAGCCUUUGCUCAAAACGACCGACGAUGUGAUUUGGUCGCAAGUCGGCAAUCGCGCGUUCGAAUCGUGA